AUUUAGAGUAAGAAUACUUCUCCAGUAACUGUUUGUAAUGCCAUAUUUUAAUAUGUUUAGUUAUAGCGAUAUUAGGUUAAGUAUAUACAUUUUAAUUGAAGUACUUAAAUGACCAUCAAAAAAAAUAAAAAAUCAGCGGCUUUGAUAAUAAACGCAUGACCACAAAGACCCUUUAAGUAGUAGGGAUAGCAGCGCGCCUCAUUGGCCCGUUGCCCCAAGACGUCAUCGGUACAGCCCCGCACUGUGCCGCUUUGACAGUCCAUAUUACAGGGCCGAAAAUACCCUGUUCCAGCUGGAGAAAUAUACCCGUGUCCAAGGUAUGGAUAUUCCUCAGUGAUUUCGCACGAAAGAAAAUUGUCCCGGACUCCGCAGUUCUGGGAUUAAGGCUGUUUUAUUUAGGGCGAGGUCUCCUUGCAUUCAGACAGCAUGGAGGACCAGAGCGCCCCCAGUGGCAUGAGCUCACGCUUCCUCAUCAUCUUCGACUUCGACGAGACCAUUGUGCACAUGAACAGCGACGACGCCGUGGUGCAGGUAGCGCCAGGGAAGCAACUGCCCGAUUGGCUGAAGGACUCAUUCCGUCCGGGACACUUCAAUGAGAACACGCAUCGCGUGUUGGCCUACAUGGCGGAACAGGGCGUGUCCGUAGAAGCCAUCCGCUCGGCCGUUGAACAAAUCCCCCCCUCGCCUGGCAUCCUCAAGCUUUUCCAGUUCCUUCAGGCUCACCCCCAGGACUUUGAGACGGUGCUGGUAUCCGAUGCCAACAUGUACUUCAUUGAAGCGUGGCUUCAUAGGGCUGGCGCACGCCAGCUCUUCCUUAAGAUCUUCACCAAUCCAGCCAGUAUUAACACCAAGGGCCAGCUGCAGCUUCUGCCCUACCACUCUCACAACUGCCCCAGCUGUCCAGACAACAUGUGUAAGCAGGUGAUUCUGCAGGACUACCUAGCACGCCGGACUAAGGAGCGCGGGUGCCCUUUCCAGAGGGUCUGCUAUGUGGGAGAUGGUGCCAACGACUUCUGUCCCUCACUGGCCCUGGGGCCCAGCGACGUGGCCUUUCCGCGGGAAGGCUACCCCAUGCACAAGAUGAUCACAGUGACUCAGCAGGGCGAGCCUCCAGGUUUCAAGGCUGCCAUGGUGCCUUGGGUCAGCGGUGAGGACGUGGUAGCACACCUCAAGAGGCUGGUGGAGGAGAGGUGAGGGAGGGGUGCCUGGCGGAGGAGGUUGCGGGCGAAAUCAAGAUGCUGCGACACCUCCCGCGACACCUCCUGUGACACCCCUUCCCACGGUAGCGCACAAUCAAGCAUACGGUCUUAGCUCAGAGAACCCCGGUGCUGGAAGAUGUCAUGCUGUGUGAGGCGUGUAUUCUUUAUGCUGUGACCUCUAACCCCAGUUGCCUUGAGAAAUCCACUCACUUUUUCUUUUUUUAAAGUAAAGUCAACGAACCCCGGUACUGAACUACAGACAGAGAAGAACCAAGGUCAAAGGUCACAGGGCCAACAGAGAGAAAUCAGAAACUCCAGUCUGACUUUCAGACCGGGACUCUUUUCUGAGGUUGUCAGCUGACUCAAGGGAAGAAAUCACACUUUUCUCCAUGAUUAUUUGACGUUCAAAACUAAAAAAACAGAUUUUAAUUUACAGUUUUUUUUUUUUAAUGUAAGGCUUCAGACUUUAAACCUUUGAACUUGAAACACGCCAGUAUAAAGAGUAUGUUAUAGGUAUAGAAUUUAUUAUGUAUUGCGUCAUUUUUAAUAUAUCACACUAGCAAGAACCCCUUGGAAAUAUUUCUCGUCAUUUUCAGACUGUGGAGAAUGACAGAUGUGUGGAUUUGUUUUACAUGUGUUGCAUGAAAGAUGUAAAAUUAUGCAGGGUAAUUUAAUCUGUUUAUUUUCAACACUUUAUGCAUAAUUUUGGUGCUAUUUAACCUACCCUGGGAUGGAUUAGAACAUGUAUAACAUUUUUAUAAAUUAUAUCUAGUGUUCUGUGUCCUUCACAUCUUAAAUGUGUAAAUUUGAACAUUCUUUGUACACAGUAAGUUAAUUGGCCCCAUCUCUGUUGGAUUAGGGCAAGGUGGAAAGUGGAAAUUUGGAACAGCUGCCAUUUAUUGACUACUAAAUGAAAGUAUAUGCAAGUGUGCAAGUAUUUAAAUUAAUAUAUGAAACAUACAUAUAAUUUGAAUUAUAUAAAUUAUAUUAAAAUGUAAUAAAUAUUAUAUAUACAUAUAUAAUUCACAUUCAUGCACUGUUCAUUUUAUUAGGAAAAGCUGUUCACCUGCUCAUUCAUGCAAUAAUCAGCCAAUCAUGUGCCAGCAGCUCAGUGUAUAAAAUCGGGUAGCCAAGAGCUUUGGGUGAUGAUUAUAUCCAACAUCAUAGUGGGGGGAAAUGUGGUUGUUGGUGCCAGAUGGGACGGCUUGAGUAUUUCAGUAACUGCUGGUCUCCUGGGAUUUCAAGCUGACAGGAGGGCUACGGUAAAUCUGGUAACCUCUCUUUGCAUGACACCAUAUUUUGAGCUGGAUGGGCUACAACAGUAAAAAGUUACAUCAGGUCCCUGUCAGCUAAGAAAAGGAAACUGAAGCUACAGUGUGCACAGGCUCAGUGAAACGCGACAGCUUGUUGCCUAGUCUGAUGAAUCUUGAUUUCUGCAUGCAGACGGUUUGGCGUAACCAGCAUGACUCCAACCAAUGGAUUCAACCAGACCUCAGUUGUUCAGGCUGGUGGUGGUGUGGUGAUGUACUGUAACGAUGUGGUGGAUGUUAUAUUGGUACACAUUGGGCUGCCUAAUAACAAUCAAGCAUUGUUUACAUGCCACAGCCUACCUGAAUAUUGUUAAUGACCAUGUGCAUUUCUGUACGGCCACAGUUUACUAUUGGCCAUUUCCAACAGAAUCUGAAACCAGUUCCAUGAAUAUGACAAAGAGUUCUGUGUACUUCAGUGGCCUCCCCAGUCGUCAGAUCUGAAUCCAGUGUAUUGCUCCUCUGGGAUGUGGUGGAAUGGGAGAUUCUCAACAUGAAUCUGCAGCUAAAAUCUUCAGCAAUUACAUAAUUUAACUCAGUAUCAUAUUAACAUUGCCCAUUUUCCUGGUUAGUAACUAAAACACUUUUUGAAAACGUCUUAUAUUGUUCUACUGAUGUUUUUUUAUACAGCAAUGUAUCAUUCUGAAUUCUGAAUCAUUCAUACCAGAGAAUAACACUAUUUUAUACUGAUGAUCUGACUGGAAAAUCAGUUCAGUGUUAAUAAGGGUAAGGAAGGGCAAUGGAGACAUAAAGUAUUAAAUCGGCAAUGUUGAGCAGCCCGGGGGAAGUGUUUGAUUGAAGCUGAAGCUUCUUGACCUAUUCUUUUAAGGAGGCCAAGUAUUUUGAAAUAUCUGACAUAGUUAUUAUACUUGUAUUCCGAAUAACUUAAAUUGAAACUGUACAUUCAGUUCGUGCUGUCUUCAUCCAUAUCAUAAAUGACCUGAAUAAU